AGGAAGCUGCUGCUACUACUUUCUGUUCCGGCAGCCGGCACCGGCUCUUUCGGAUCCUGCCGACCUCAUGGCCCCUGCAUCGCGGAUCGCAGACCUUAGGCAGGCGGGGAACGAACAGUUCCGCAACGGGCAGUACAGCCAGGCGGCUACGCUCUACGGCCGGGCGCUGGAGUUACUAGAAGCGGCAGGAGAUAAGAAUGCAGAAGAGAAGAGUGUUCUUUAUUCCAAUCGUGCUGCCUGCUAUUUGAAGGAUGGGAACUGUAGUCUCUGUAUUAAGGAUUGUUCUGCUGCCCUGGAUCUGGUUCCAUUUGGGAUCAAACCUCUGCUGAGGCGAGCAGCAGCUUAUGAAGCUCUCGAGAGAUACCAGUUAGCCUAUGUGGAUUACAAAACUGUAUUACAGAUCGACUGCACUGUACAGGCUGCACACGAUGGAGUCAAUAGAAUGACUAAGGCUUUAUUGGAAAAGGAUGGUCUUCAAUGGCGUCAGAAGCUGCCACCCAUCCCAUCUGUUCCUGCUUCUGCUCAGAGAAGGUGGGAGCCUCCUCCACCAGGAAGCCAAGAAGCUUCAAGAAGUAAAGCAAAGGAUAUUGCACCUGUAUCAAAGCAAGCUGCCGCAACUGAACGAGCAAAUGCUUUGAAGCAAGAAGGAAAUGAAUUUGUAAAGAAGGGCAACUAUAAGAAAGCUAUUGAAAAGUACACAGAGAGCUUAAAACUCCAUAAGCUGGAAUGUGCAACAUACACUAACAGGGCUCUUUGCUACCUGAACCUUAAGCAGUACAAAGAAGCAAUUCAAGAUUGCUCAGAAGCCCUUCAGAUAGACCCAAAGAGUGUCAAGGCAUUUUACAGACGAGCGCAAGCAUACAAGGAGCUCAAGGACUACAAAUCCAGCAAAGCAGAUAUCAACAGCCUCUUGAGAAUUGAACCAGAAAACAGUGCUGCUAAGAAACUACUGCAAGACUUAAACAAAAUCUUAAAAUAAGAGAGGCUAAAGACAGCCUUAUGCUCUCCUGAUAAGUUUUUUGUUUUUUAAAAAAUCACAGGGACCAGCUUGAAUGCAGGUGCAAAAUUCACCUUCAAGGCUUGCUGUCAUCUCUCCGGUUCCUUGCUUUAUAAAAGUUGUUCAUUCUUCCUCCUAAAGCCUUCCGAAUGUUUAGUGUGACCUCUUGAGAUUCGCAACUUCCCAGCAAAAUUCUAGAGAGGUAGCUGUGCUGUAAAUCUUUGUGCUAGCAGAACUACAGAUUUUAAGCACUUAAAGAUUCUAGGAGCAGCAUUUGUCAAAUAAGAUAUUUCUGGUGUGUGUCUGCAGAGAGAACAUUACUCAAAGCCUCUGCUAGUGGCUGCCUGUUCAUUUAGAUACCAGGACAGUGCAAACAGAAGCCUUGAGUUAAUAGAGUGGCAGAUGGAAGUAAGAGUUUCAAACAUAGUCUGCUUUGCCUUAACUUUUAUGCACUAGGCUCCAAGGGAGUGUUUGGUCUUCAGAAUGUUACUUAUGACUCUAAUGCUGCUUUUGUCUUUUACCAAAGAGCUUGGUACAUUGUGUUGCCCUUAUAAUGUGUGUACCUUUUCAAAAUGGAGUUUUUGUUGAUUAGGCCCAGUUUACAUAUUCUUAGGUUAAAUACCUCUUAGGAGAUGUUGUACAUGCCUUUUACUACAGUUGGACAUUUCCUCCCCACCCCCUCUCCUGAACACAUAUCAAAGUAGUAGUUGUAGGGCAUAGUGAGGAGGAAGUACUCAGCUGGAGGAGCCUGCAUGUGCAAGGAUAUGUGUAACUGCCUGCAACAAGUAGCUUUUUUAGCCCUGCUUCUCACAAACAGCAGAUAAGUUCGUGCAGUAUAAAGGAUCAGUUUGACUGAUUGUUCAGAAAGAUUUAGAGAACUGGAUAGUAAGAGGGGAGAGGAUUUUAGCCUAGCAUUCUUCCUACCAUAGUAGUUUUCUCCAUGUGGUGAACAAAAACACUCUGGAGCUUCCUCAGUUUUCUUUAUUGCCUGAAAGCUCCUGCCUUUAAAGUUGGAUUUGGGGGUGUGGGGAGCUCUGCAUGCAGCCUCUUCACACAGACCUGUGUUGUGGAGGCUACGAGCAUGUACCUUAGAAAAUGACUGCUGUUAUUGUUGCACUGAGAGAUACAAGACAGAUCUACUAGUAACUGCUCCUCCCUUUGGAGAUUUUGAAUAGAGAAGAACAGCUGGCCACAGAACCUUUAUUUAAGAUCUCUGUCCUCAGGCUCCAGUCGCAAAGCUGGAUUCUUACACUAUAAGUCACUCUAUGCUCCUGAUACUGUUUUGAAGUUUUAAAAUAAACGUGUUUGGUUCUACUACUGGACAA